CAUGCCCAUGCUUUAGAAUUACACUCCAGGCAGCAGAUUUUUCAGUUAAUUAGAAAACCAAAAAAUUAAUCUUUAUAAAUACGGAGUGAUGUUCAUCACAUAAAUUAGCUAGCUAGGUUAGGAUCAGCCUACAACAUUCUAUCUACAACAGCUAGCGUGUGAGGCUCUAAUUUAUCCCAAGGAAUAGGAUGCCACAUGCAGUAUGGAUUGGCCCCUCCAUCAUGACCUAAUUCCUACAGAGCACCACCGAUGAAGAAAAAGCAGCUCCAGCCUCAACAUGACAUCAACAAAGACCUUCAAAUCAUCAAAGCAGUAGCACAAGCGUGGCACUCUCACUCCGGUACCUCUAGGUCUACCAAUGAAUUCGAUGCUUACCCACGUCGACAUUUCAAAGCUAGGCCUUCAAGAUUCAAGCUUGAAGCAAUGAGCAACCCAUCUGUGAAGCUCAAGGACGAGCGCAGUAGUAUUGCUAAUACUCCACAUUGGGACUUCGCCCAAUCACUGUGGGAUUCAUAUGAGCUUGUCACCCUGACCAAAAAGCUUGAGACUGCUCUGGUUCUCGAUGACCCUUUUUCAGCAGCUGGGUCGGAGUUAGAAGGAAAUUCAAGUAGAGCACAAAAAAGGGGAAAGGAGAGUAAGAACAGCCUUAGAAAUCUGUUAAAAAGGGUGUCUUCCAGGAGAUUCGUUGAAGCUGAUAUUAAAAUCCCCCCUGAAGAUAACAAUGGUUUUUGAUCCUUUUUCUGUUUCCUGCUAGUCUUAGGUCUUUGUGAAGUGUGAAUUGGAUUGGUGGGUCAACAGUACCACAUUUUUCGUCCUGCAACAAUAAACAUAGUGAUAGUAGUUCCUUUGAUAGUCUGAGAUCCAACAUAUAACCUAUUUUGAAGGUUAUCCAUCCUCUUUUCCCAUAGUUUUAAUUGGAAUUUUCUUUUUAAUAUCUGUGCAUUUGGAGUCGUCUAAAUGUUGUUCAGAUAACACAUUAAAAAUUAUACUAUAUAUAUUUUUAUUUACAAGUGA